AGCCGUGAGGGGCGGCCCGGCCGCGCUCGGCCCCGCGGGUGGCUCCGGUUGUCACAGCGACGGCGACUCGCGGCCAUGUCGGACCUGGGCUCCGAGGAGCAGGACGAGGCCGGGGAGGGCGAGGCCGGCGUGGGGGAAUACGACGGCGAUCGCAACGCCGAAGGGGAGCGGCACGGCUAUGGGAAAGCUCGGCUGCCCAACGGAGACACGUACGAGGGGGAAUACGAACGUGGUUUGAGGAGCGGCCGAGGGACCUACAGGUUUAAGAGCGGUGCUCUCUACACUGGAAACUACCUUCAAAACAAAAAGCAUGGCAAGGGUAUCUUUUUUUAUCCAGAUGGAUCAAAAUAUUCAGGAGACUGGGUGGACGACCAGAGACAGGGCCAUGGAGAAUAUAUGUAUGCAAAUGGAGACACCUACACUGGAGAGUGGUUUAACCACAAGAGGCAUGGGCAAGGCAUAUAUGUCUAUAAAGACUCAGGAUCUAAGUAUGUUGGUCGUUGGGUAAAUGGAAUCCAGGAAGGACCAGCUGAAAUUAUCCACCUAAACCAUAGGUUUAUAGGCAGGUUUUUCAAUGGAAAGCCUUCAGGUCGUGGCAAGUACGUCUUUGAUUUUGGAUGUGAACAGCACGGUGAAUACAUACAAUUGGAGCAGGAAAAAGGAGAAGAAGAAGAAGAGGAGGAAGUCCCAUUACCUGUUGAACCAACAUGGAAAGCAAUAGAAAUUACCAAAUUAACAUCCUGGACUCCCAAGGAUGAAAAGCCCUCGUCUCCCAGAGAAGCCUCCCUCGAGGCAGCAGCAGCAGAAACUGGAGAGGAGGAAAUGCCACCAGUUGCAGUCACUGAGGAGUCUGCUGAGGGUGGGGAUGUUGAGCCCUCUGCUCAUGAACCCAGUGAAGGUUUGAGCCCAGCAGGGGAUGCAGGAGAGGAAGGUGAGGGAAGAAGAGAGGAGGAAGCAAACGAACUUCGGGAGGAUCAAGAAACUACUGAUUUAGGAGGCUGAAUGAGAGGAAACCGAAUAAUUGGAUACAACUGAAGGCAAAGUUCCAGAAAAAAGGAAAUUUCAAAGUAAAUAAUUUAGUGUGGUAAACCUGCAAUAUUGUUAUUCCUAAGAGCUUGAGUUAAUACAUUGAAUAAACAUUUCUGUCAUGGUUCUGUCUGGAA